UCCUCGGCGGCGGAAUCCAUGGUGGGGAAUCCAUGGUGGUCCAUGGUGGUAGUGGUAUUAUCGGCGCUGGAAUCUCCAACGGCCCAAGCGAGUGCAGGUAUUGGUGCAAGACUCCGGAGGGUCAAGCCUACUGCUGCGAGACGGUGCACGAACCAGAGACACCUGUUGGCACCAAGCCACUCGACUGCCCACAAGUCCGUCCCACAUGCCCACGUUUCCAUGGGCCCCCCACAACCUGUUCCAACGACUACAAGUGUGCUGGCCUCGAUAAGUGUUGCUUCGACAGGUGUCUGGGAGAACACGUGUGCAAGCCUCCCUCAUUCUUCAAUAACCAUCUCCCCUUCUAAAGGUGGUUAUCGUAAAUAAGGAGCCAUCGGUUUUCCGGUUGAUAACGGAAGAUGAGAAAUCUGUGAUUUGUAGAUAUUUAUAUUUUGAUAAUAAAUCGUUAUAUACUUAUA